AUGCAAGGUACCUGGGUGUUGGUACCUCCUCCUACUAAUACAAACAUUGUUGGUUCAAAAUGGAUUUAUAAGUUAAAAAGGCACUCCGAUGGUUCCAUUUCUAGAUAUAAAGCACGCCUAGUAGCUCAGGGUUUUAGUCAAGAGGCUGGUUUUGAUUAUGAAGAGACAUUUAGCCCAGUUGUUCGUCAUGCUACAAUUUGUAUCAUUCUCAGUUUGGCAGCUUACAAUCAUUGGUCUCUUUGCCAAUUGGAUGUAAAGAACACCUUCUUACAUGGGGAACUUGAGGAGGAAAUAUACAUGAAGCAACCUCAGUGGUUCGAAGAUCCUCACCAUCCUGACUAUACUCCUGCUAUUGUGGUUUUGUUACUCUAUGUCGACGAUAUUAUUCUCACUGGAUCAAAUCCACAUAUCGUUCAGGAGAUUUCCUAUAAGUUUAAUGGAGACAUCUUUGUCCGUCAACAAAAAUAUGCUACUGAUUUGCUAGGAAAGUCUGGGAUGAGUUCUUGUAAACCCUGUCCUACACCUCUGAAACCUCACACAGAGAUUUUACUCACUGAUGGUAUCCCUUUGAAGGAUCCAAAACAGUAUUGUAGCAUUGACAUUGCCCAUUUUGUUAAUAUGGUCGGUCAAUUCAUGAAUAAUCCUACCAAGCAUCAUUUCUUCUUGGUGAAAUGCAUUAUGCGUUAUCUACCGGGCACACUCAGCUAUGGUUUUACUUAUUCUGCUUCAGGUCCCUUACUCUUAUCUGCUUAUAGCGAUUCUGACUGGGCGGGUGAUAUUAACACUUGCAGAUUAACACUUGCAUACAAUUGA